GAAGCAAAACGGCCCGCUCGCACGUCGCAAGCCCCCCAAUAAAAGCGCCAACAGAGCAAACGAACGGAGAAAGCAGAGACAAGUGAACCCCAUUGGCGUUUGGCGGGCGGACGCAACAACCAACGAACGAAGGAACGACAGCAGCAAUAGCAAUAGCAAUGGCGGAGGAGGAUCUCACGACGCUGACGGCGCAGCUCAAGGCCGCGGCGGCCGCCUUCCCGUCCCGCCGCGCCGUCGCCGUCCCGGGCAAGGCCGACCUCACCCACGCGGCGCUCGACGCGCUCGUGGACGCCGCCGCCGCCCGCCUCGCCGCCCGCGCCGGCGUCCGCCUGGGCCACACCGUCGCGCUCUGCUUCCCCAACACCGUCGAGCUGGUGAUCAUGUUCCUGGCGGUGAUCCGGGCCCGCGCGGUGGCGGCGCCGCUGAACCCGGCCUACACGCAGGAGGAGUUCGAGUUCUACCUCUCCGACUCCGGCGCGGGGCUCCUACUCACCGACCUCUCCGCCGCCAACCCCGCCGCCGAGGCCGCCGCCGCCAAACUCAACCUCCCCCACUCCGCCGCCUCCCUCCAAUCCUCGUCAUCCCCAUCAAUCAGCCUCACCAACCUCCCAGAAGACAACACCACCGACAUCACCGCCGGCGACGAGAAGCUCCUGGGUCCCAACGAGGCGUCCGACGUGGCCCUCUUCCUGCACACCUCGGGCACGACGAGCCGGCCCAAGGGGGUGCCCCUGACGCAGCGCAACCUCGCCGCCACCGUCCGCAACAUCCGGGCCGUCUACAAGCUCACCGAGUCCGACGCGACGGUCGUCGUCCUCCCGCUGUUCCACGUCCACGGCCUCCUCUGCUCCCUCCUCUCCUCCCUCGCCUCCGGCGCCGCCGUCACGCUCCCCGCCGGGGGCCGCUUCUCCGCGUCCACCUUCUGGGCCAACAUGCGCGGCGCGGGGGCCACCUGGUACACCGCCGUGCCCACCAUCCACCAGAUCAUCCUCGACCGCCACGUGUCCCGCCCGGACCCGGAACCGCUCCCCUCUCUCCGGUUCAUCCGGAGCUGCAGCGCGUCGCUGGCGCCGGCGAUCAUGUCGAAGCUCGAGACAUCCUUCAAGGCGCCCGUGCUCGAGGCCUACGCCAUGACGGAAGCUUCCCACAUGAUGACCACCAACCCGCUCCCCUGCGACGGCGCCCACAAGCCGGGGUCCGUGGGUCUCCCCGCAGGCGACAUGGAACUCGCCAUCCUCUCCGACUCCGGCGCGCUCCUCCCGGCGGGCACCCCCGGCGAGGUCUGCAUCCGCGGCGCCAACGUGACCGCCGGCUACAGCAGCAGGACCGCCGACUCCACAUCGGCGAACGCCGAGGCGUUCAAGUACGGGUGGUUCCACACGGGCGACAUCGGCGUGCGCGACCCCGACGGGUACCUCCGGCUGGUGGGGCGGAUCAAGGAGCUCAUCAACCGCGGCGGCGAGAAGAUCUCGCCGAUCGAGGUCGACGCCGUGCUGUUAGGAUGCCCCGGGGUGAAGCAGGCCGUGGCGUUCGGGGUGCCCGACGAGAAGUACGGCGAGGAGAUCAACUGCGCCGUGAUCUUGAGGGAGGAAGAAGAUGGGAAGGUCGGGGAGAAGGAGGUGGUGGAGUUCUGCAGGAAGAAUCUGGCGGCGUUCAAAGUGCCCAAGAAGGUGUUCAUCGCGGACGAUCUGCCCAAGACCGCCACCGGCAAGAUCCAGCGCCGCGUCGUCGCGCAGCACUUCCUCGCCCCGCCGCCGGCCGCGGCGACGACGGCGGCGGCCAAGGCGUAGUGAUAGGACCGGUGAAAAGCCAUGAUUUUUAAUUGUUCUUUUGCGUCGGUGCGUGCAUGAUGGAUUGAUGUAAGGUGCAACGAAACGAAGGAAGGAAGGAAGGAAGGAAUAAAGGCGGGCGGCGUAGAAAUUAGCGGAACAAACAAGGGAAAGGGAAUCCGUGAACACCGCACUAGCUAGUACUUCAUUGGAGUGUAGCAGUUCGUUUUGAUUGCGUCAAAAGGAGAGAUUUAAAGGGAAAAGGUUGUUUGGCCGGGGUUCUUGUGAUCGUGUGCCAUAUUCUGGACGUACGUGCAUUGGACGAACGAGAGCUUGUUUUCCUUUUGGUUAAAAAAACAUUUUUUCGUU